AUGAAAAUAGGUCCAAAAAAGGAUUAGAAAUAAGUAAAUGAAAGAUCUCCAGAAAAGGUAUUGCAAAAGAGAUAAAAUAAUAAUUAAAUACAAUAUUUAGUAAAAUGGAAAGAUCAAGAUGAACCAACUUGGGAUGUAGAAGAAAAUAUUAUAAAUUUAAUUAAGCAUUUUCCAAUUAAUGAAUAAGAAUUAUAGGAAAAUUCAAAUGAUAAAUAAUCAAAAUAAUGUGAAUCAUAAAAACAUUUAUUAUAAACACUACAAUAUAGUUUUAAACAUCCUAAUUGUUCAGAAGAGCUUUUAUUUAAUAAACAGAAAGAGAUGACAUAAAAAUAUUGCUAUUCAUAUCCAUAGUUUGGAGAUGAAAUUGAAAGUGUUUAUUUAAUUUUAACUUCAGAAGAUUGUUUAUUUGAGAUUAAAUGGAAAACUAGAUCUGAUGGAGUAAAACCUAUAUCUGAUUUUUAUCAAUAUGAUUAAUUCAAAGUUGUUGCUCCAAUGCUUUUUAUGGAUUUUUUAGAAAUUUGUAUAUUAGGACAUGAAAAGAGUUCAGAUAUAAAGUUUAUAGCUCCUGGUAAGGACAAUAUUGAAAGAUCAUAACUGAUAAAAAGAAUAUUAUUACAAAACCCAAAAUAUGUGGAUACAAACAAAAAUUAAGAAAAUGAAGAGGUUAAAGUGAAUGACUAAAAUACAUUAAAUAAGGAGAAAGGAGGUUCAUCAAAGAAAAGUACAAUAAUAACAUUUAUGCAAUCAGAAUAGAAAUAAAAAUAAACUAUAGAAACAUAAAGUUAAUUCUAAAAAUAAUCAUAAGUGGAAUUUCAAGAGCAAUUAUAAGAUGAUGGAUUGACUUAAUAAGAAAAACAAUUAGAGGACAAAUAAUCUGAAAAAGAUAAUCAUUAGGAUGAGAGUGAAAAGGAAUAAAUGGUUAAUUUGAAUUAAAAUAUAAAUUAUGAAGAAUAAAUUGAAUAAGAAUCAAUAUCUUUAGAAUAAUAAUAAGAAUGA